AUGCGCCAGUCAAUUGCUUUUCUUGGUGCCAUUAUUAUAAUCUUCAUGAGCCCAAACGCAAUUGUGGCUGCAAGAACCGAUCGGGUUCCGAAUCUGAGGGUGCCUAUCGAUGUGGUCCCCUCUCCUGUUGGAAACACGAACGACAUCAGAUUCCUUCGCUCACAUUUGGAUGACAAAGACAACCAAGAGAGAGCGAUCGACCUGUCCAAAUAG